GUUGUUCUUUCAUGCAAAACUAAACAUUGGAUUUGUGCCAGCUAUUGAUGUAUAUAACCUUGUCGCAUCCUCAUUCUAUUAUUAAACAGACUAGAGAGGCACAUAGUGAAGGGUUCACUUUAGACUUUUGCAGGAUGGUGGGGAAAAUAAUACUACCUGUACUUCUUCUGUCAAUUAUUGGUAAAGGGACAACUCAGACAUCAGGAAAUACAACUCAAAACCCAGGUGAAAUGACAACUCAAAACCCAGGAGGAAUGACAAUUCAGAGCCCAAGACCCCUCUACCAAACUGGUGGAACAACAAGCUCUCGAAGCGAUGAUGGAAGCUCCCCACGAAUUUCACUCCUCCAACCCUUCAGCUACUUUGGCAAAUCUUACCUUCAGAUUUAUGUGAAUCACAAUGGACAUCUGACCUUUGAAGCACCAUGGUAUAGUUAUUCACCAAAACCGUUUCCAAUGUAUGGAGGCAGAGACAUCAUUGCUCCUUACUGGACCGAUUUAGACAAUAGUAGAAGUGGUAACAUCUACUACGUUCAGUACACCAAUGGCUCUAUUCUCCAACAAGUUACCCAGGACAUCAACUCUUACUUCCCACAAAUUAACUUUUAUGCCACCUGGAUCUUUAUUGCAACAUGGCAUAAAGUUCCCUAUUAUUUAAGGCCUGAAACACAAUCAACCUUUCAGGUAGUUUUGGCUUCCAAUGGGAAUUAUUCAUUUGUGCUUCUGAAUUAUGGGGCCCUGGCACCGAGGGAGACCUCUAUAGAGGCUGGAUAUGACACAGCCUAUUCCUGUCACCAUUCCACCAUUGUUGGAUCAUUCUCUAAUAACACAAUUUUCAACGAUUCACUUUUAAGCCAUGGUAGUAACGUCAAUGUAUCCGGUCGCUGGGCUUUCCGCCUAGAUAAUGGAUCAAGAGACUGCAUUGAACACAGGAAGAACUUUUCAGGACCCCUCUACCAAAUUUGUGGAACAACAAGCUCUCGAAGCGAUGAUGGAAGCUCCCCAAGAAUUUCACUCCUCCAACCCUUCAACUAUUUUGGCAAAUCUUACGUUCAGAUUUAUGUGAAUCACAAUGGACAUCUGUCAUUUGAAGAACCAUGGGGUAGUUUCUUCCCCCAACGUUUUCCAAUGUAUGGAUGUAGAGACAUCAUUGCUCCUUACUGGACUGACUUAGACAAUAGUAGAAGUGGUAACAUCUGCUAUGUUCAGUAUACCAACGGCUCUAUUCUCCAACAAGUUACCCAGGACAUCAACUCUUACUUCCCACAAAUUAACUUUUAUGCCACCUGGAUCUUUAUUGCAACAUGGCAUAAAGUUCCCUAUUUUUCAAUGCCUGAAACACAAUCAACCUUUCAGGCCGUCUUGGCUUCCAAUGGGAAUAACUCUUUUGUGUUGAUGAAUUACAACCCCCUAGCACCCAAGGAGAUCGCUGUAGAGGCUGGAUAUGACACAGCCCAAUCCUCUCACCACUUCACCAUCCAUGGAUCAUUUUCUAAUGACACAGUCUUCAACAGCUCCCUUUUAAGUCAUGGUAGUAACGUCAAUGUACCUGGUCGCUGGGCUUUCCAUGUAAAUAAUGGUUCAAGGGGCUGCAGUUUCAAUGGUUGUCAAGCACAAAAGCCAGAAUGUGGUUAUGUAGGUUCAAGAGCCAGAAUCGUUGGAGGUCAGGAUGCAACUACUGGGCGCUGGCCUUGGCAAGCAAGCUUACAGCGAGUUGGUGGUUCCUCCUUUUGUGGAGGAUCCCUGAUCUCUGACCAGUGGGUGCUCACUGCUGCUCACUGUGUAGGAAGCGGAAUCGUUACGGCUGAAGUCCAUCUGGGUGUCCACAGUUUAUCAAAUCCCAACGCCAACGAAGUGAUUCGGGGGAUUGACUACUUCAUCUGCCAUCCUGACUAUGAUUCUUCCACUUUGGAGAAUGACAUGUGCCUCCUGAAGCUCUCAUCUCCUGUCUACUUUACAGACUACAUACAACCUGUAUGUUUAGCCUCAGUGGAGAGCACCUUUCAUGAUGGUACUACCAGCUGGGUCACUGGCUUUGGGGACCUUGGCAAUGGGAUGACACCUACCAUCCUGCAAGAAGUAGAACUGCCAAUUGUGGGAAACAAUAAGUGCUCUUGCUACAAUCAAGACUUUGCCACCAUCACAGAGAACAUGAUUUGUGCAGGCUUUGAUCUGGGAGGAAAGGACUCAUGUCAGGGAGACUCAGGAGGACCACUGGUGGUAUACAAUGGGUUUGUGUGGGUCCAAGCUGGAGUGGUGAGUUUUGGAGAUCGUUGUGCCAUUCCAAAGAGACCCGGAGUGUACGCUCGAGUGUCGCAGUACGAGAAAUGGAUCCAUGAUAGUGUUACUGGAAGGAAGCCAGGCUUUGUGAACUUCACCUCCCCAGGCACCGACUUUGACUUGUCCUUCACCUGUGCUACAUCGAUGCCUUUCACCACUGACGAUAGUAUUUUUGGCAGUGGUAAAAAUCUGAGUCACUUCACUCAUUUCGUGACUCUCUCUGCUCUUGCUCUGGUUCUUCAUGUCUUUGUUGGUAGUGAGGGAAUGUAAAAGAUGGAGUUUUAUUUUUGUUAUGCACUUAUGCAGAGGCUGAUUUUUUCCAUUUUCUUGCUUAUCUGCGGUUCAGGUGACCUAAACAAAUUUAGAUUUUCUUUACUCAUUUAAAAAAUACAUAAGUUGUUUAUUUAGAAUCUAAUACAGUAUUUAUGGGGAAAAAAUGUAUCCUAUCUAAAUGAAACAAUCUCACUAAUCCAGCACUAUUAUGGCUAAGUUGUAUGAUUACAAGUGGGCUGAUUUUUUAAAAGUUUGUCUUUAUGGAUUUAGAUUCACAGGCAUUCAUAAUCAAAAAUAAACAAGCUUUUCAAAUUUAAA